AUGCUCAUGGCUGAUGGAAGUCAGGUUGAUUGUGACAACCAAGUAAGGAUCAUUCAGGAGGACGACUCAGAGAGGAUAGUCUGCCCAUAUAUCAUCAAGCAAGUCUGCGGCACAGAUGGCAAAACCUACUCCAAUGAGUGUGAAAUUUGUCGUCACAACCUAGAAACUGGUGAAAAUGUUGGCAAGAAGUUUAAUGGGAAAUGUAGUAAGAAGGCGUGCGGCAAAUACACAGGACCUUGCCCAAGGAUCCCAAGCCCGGUCUGUGGAACAGAUGGCACCACCUAUGGCAGCGAGUGCACGAUGUGCAAGAUCAACGAUUGGAACUCAGAAAUCCUGCUGAGGUACUGCAAAUACACAUACCGCCAGAGACCCACCAUCACAUGGGUCUUCGGUAGUUUCAAGAUUGAGGAAUACUGCAAGAACUACUCUGCACAAACAGAAAUAUGUCCUAUGAUUUAUCAACCUCACUGUGGUUCUGACGGCGAGACCUAUGGUAGCCAGUGCAAUUUCUGCAUCUCUGCCUUGUAUGUAAAGAGAUAA